CGGGCAAGUACCCCUAAGGGCGCAGCGAAGGCGACGAAGACUGCUUCCUCUUGCAGAGGCCUGGCUUCCCCGCGUUGAUUACCCCAGCUUCUUUCUCGCUUCCUCUCAAUGUUCUCUCUGCAUAUCUGGAAAUAUGAUCAGCGCCCCUGACGUGGUGGCCUUCACCAAAGAGGACGAGUAUGAGGAGGAGCCUUACAAUGAGCCGGCCCUGCCAGAAGAGUACUCGGUGCCGCUCUUCCCCUUCACAAGCCAGGGAGCUAACCCAUGGUCCAAACUGUCCGGGGCCAAGUUCUCUCGGGACUUCAUCCUUAUUUCCGAGUUCUCGGAGCAGGUGGGACCCCAGCCCUUGCUGACCAUCCCCAAUGAUACCAAAGUUUUCGGUACUUUUGAUCUCAAUUACUUCUCCUUACGGAUCAUGUCUGUGGAUUACCAGGCUUCCUUCGUGGGCCAUCCUCCUGGUUCUGCCUAUCCCAAGCUGAACUUCGUGGAGGACUCCAAGGUGGUGCUGGGAGACUCCAAAGAGGGAGCCUUUGCUUAUGUGCACCACCUCACGCUGUAUGACCUGGAGGCCCGUGGCUUUGUGAGGCCCUUUUGCAUGGCUUAUAUCUCAGCAGACCAGCACAAAAUCAUGCAGCAGUUCCAGGAGCUUUCAGCUGAAUUUUCCAAAGCUUCAGAGUACUUGAAGACAGGCAACAGGAAGGCCUUUGCUGUGGAACUUGAAAAAAAGCUGAAAGACUUGGAUUACACUAGGACAGUGCUGCACACUGAAACGGAGAUCCAGAAGAAAGCCAAUGACAAGGGCUUUUACUCAUCUCAGGCAAUUGAGAAAGCCAAUGAACUGGCUAGUGUAGAGAAAUCCAUCAUUGAACAUCAAGACCUCCUGAAGCAGAUCCACUCAUACCCUCAUCGGAAGUUGAAGGGGUCUGAUUUGUGUUCUGGGGAGAUGGAGCAUGCUCAGGAUCAGCCUGACCAGGCACCCACUACUUCUAACCUUGAUGAGUAUGCUGACACAGACCUUUACACCUGCAGACCUGCCUACACCCCAAAACUCAUCAAAGCAAAGUCCACCAAGUGUUUUGACAAGAAGUUGAAGACCUUGGAAGAGCUCUGUGACACUGAGUAUUUCACCAAGACCCUGGCUCAGCUCAGCCACAUUGAGCACAUGUUCAGAGGAGACCUGUGCUAUCUCCUGACGAGCCAGAUUGACAGAGCACUACUAAAGCAACAGCACAUAACAAACUUUCUCUUUGAAGACUUUGCAGAUGAUGAUAGGAUGGUAGAGAAACAAGAAAUCAUACCCCCUAAGCCCAGUCAAGACAGGCCACCUUCCAGAUCUCUAGAAGAAUGCCCAAUUCCUCAAGUAUUAAUUAGUGUUGGCUCUUACAAGUCCAGUGUGGAGUCUGUGCUGAUCAAGAUGGAGCAGGAGUUUGGAGGUGAGGACUGUAAGGAAGUGGAGGUGGCAGAAAUGAGCAGUUUUGAUCUCCAGGGAAACUUAGACUACUUGGAUAUGGAUAUGAAAGGGAGUAUCAGCAGUGGUGAAAGCAUUGAGGUUCUAGGCACGGAGAAGUCCACCUCUGUGCUGUCGAAGUCUGACAGUCAGGCCAGCCUCAUGGUGCCACUGAGCCCCCAGGUGAUCCGGAGCAAAGCAGCCAGCCAUAGGACCAUCAGUGAGGACAGUAUUGAAGUCCUCAGCACCUGCCCCUCUGAGGCCCUCAUCCCUGAUGACUUUAAGGCCAGCUACCCAAGUGCUAUUAAUGAAGAAGAAUCAUAUGCAGAUGACAAUGAGGGAGCCAUCCACUUCCAGGCAAGCAUCAGCCUAACCAAGCUGGAUGAGCCAGAGGAGGGCAGUUUAGAAAACACUUCAUUACAAGCAGACUCCUGCUGCAUUGGGAAGGAGAGUGACAGCCUGUUGGUGCCACUCACCACUCCAGUCCACACACUCUCUGACGAGGAUGGAGUAGUGAGCAUCCCACCACAACGCUACAGGCAGAAGGACCAGGGGUUCUGUGUGGACUUUGCAGUGGAAAAUGCCAACCCUUCUUCCCGAGACAACAGUUCUGAAGGCUUCCCUGCUUAUGAGCUGGACCCAGGCCAACUGCUGGCUAGCAGGGAUAUCAGUAAGAUCAGCCUGGACAACUACUCGGACACCACCAGCUAUGUGAGCAGUGUAGCCUCCACCAGCUUGGACAGGACUCCCUCAUCUGCUCAUCCCACUGGCCCCUCUUUUGAGAGGCAUAAAAAGAGGGCUGGCCAGAAUGCCUUAAAAUUCAUCCGCCAGUACCCCUUUGCCCACCCAGCCAUCUACUCCCUGCUCAGUGGGAGGACGCUUGUGGUCCUGGGGGAGGACGAGGCCAUAGUCAGGAAGCUUGUGACAGCAUUGUCCAUCUUCGUCCCCAACUACAGCUGCUAUGCCAAACCCGUGAAGCACUGGGUCUCCUCCCCUUUGCACAUUACGGAUUUUCAGAAGUGGAAGCUUAUUGGCCUGCAGAGAGUGGCAUCCCCUGCCAGUGCCAGCACCCUUCACGUUCUGAGCCGCUACAGCCGCUACACAAGCAUCCUGGACCUGGACAACAAAACCCUACGCUGCCCCCUUUACAGAGGCACCCUUGUGCCCCGGCUGGCAGACCACCGUACUCAAAUCAAGCGGGGCAGCACCUACUACCUGCACGUCCAGAGCAUGCUCACCCAGCUCUGCUCCAAGGCCUUCCUCUACACCUUCUGCCACCACCUGCACCUGCCUGCCCACAACAAGGAGAUAGAGGAGUUGGUUGCCAGCCGGCAGGCAAGCUUUCUGAAGCUGAAUCUGGGUCUGGUGAAUGAAGAUGUCAAGGUGGUCCAGUACCUGGCUGAGCUGCUGAAGCUGCACUAUAUGCAGGAGUCUCCCGGGACCAGCCAGCCCCUGCUCAGGUUUGACUAUGUCCCCAGUUUUUUGUACAAAAUCUGAGGUCAGUUCCAGCCACUGUGACUCAGGGCACAGGGAAGAGAAGGGUUGGCAGGACAUUACCAAGCAGUCCUCUGAGCGGUUUAGACUUCUGGUGUCAUAGGUGGGAAGGAAACCAAGGUGGCUCAGGCAACUUGCAAGUUGGACUUGGCCAGGAGGAGGAGCCUGGCUCUCUGAAAGCAUCCAGGACAGUAGCAGCUCUCUUGUCUCCCUGGUAAGGAUGGACCUGGAGGGAACUCUUGGCCUCCCAAGGACUGGUAGCCAGGGCGGAGGAAAGCCUCAGUGGGGUCGGAUGAGGGGCAGGAAGGCAAAGCCAUGAUGGGAAGAACAUGUGGCCACGCUCAUCUUCACUGAACCCUUGAGUGGCAAAAUCAAGUGAAACAGCUUGUUAACUGGAAUGAUUUUGUGGAAAACAAGAGGGUGAAUAUCCGUUGUCUCAUUCAAACCCCAACUGAAUGGCCUCCCAGGGCCUGUCUUCCCAGGGGAGGCCCCUGAGUGAGGGGGAGGGAGAAAGCUCUGCCCCGCGGGGAGGUGGACAAUGUCAGCCUCCAGGCCCCAGUGCUGCAGGGAGAGGGAGCAGCUCCCUGUCCCACCCUCACUCCCUCACCUUGCACAUCGUUCCCACAGGCCAGCAGGAGAGAGUGGAGUGUCACUGGUCCCCAGUUGUCAGUGGGAACUGCUCUUUGAGGUGGAGGGUCCAUGAAGGCUCGCUGGGGCCUGGCCCAGCAGCAUUUUUGGCCAGAGUGAGUCAGCACUGUUCUCUCACCCAAAGCAAGCCCUUGCAACCACUUCACUACCUCUCGUGGGGUCUCCAGCACGGGACAGCAGAGUUCUGUUCAGCUGGCUGGUGUGGGUGGACAGCCCAGGUUCGGGGCCGGGAUUUCCUCCAGGAAAGAGGACAGCUGUCUUGUGCGGCUGUCUUCAUGGACCUGCCUGCCAGGUUGCACAGGCCUGGCGUGUGGGCACUUCACGGCAGCUUACUUCUGCCCAUGUGUGACUCUCCCACCUUCUCAGGAGAUGUGCCCAGGUCCACCCACCACAACCUCCCUGAGCUUCUUAGAGUUGCCACUUGCUUCUUACAGUUGUAUGUAGAUGGAGGGUUUCCUGCAACCUUGAGAAUUUUAUACCUUUUUGUUGAAGCUGUUUUCCCCCUAAGUAGGGAGAACUCUUGGUAUUACUGCUCUUUAAUUUGUUCCCACAAAGUUGUGAUAAAACAACCUUGAGCCAGUGACAAGUGGUGCUCCUGGACGCGGGCGCGUAUCCACGGGGGCCGUGCCCGUGUGCUGGACCUGGUCUGCCUGUCGGCUUCGGGCACAGCAUCGAAGUCCCAGAGGAGAGGCAGAGACCUCGUGACUAAGGAGGGUUUGCGUCCCAGCACUCCUUUGGUCCCUUCCUCGCCCAGGUCCUCUGCGCAGGAGACGGCCCGUUGGCUCCCACCCAGCAGUUUCUGGUCAGAGUCCCCAUUCCUGUCAGGGCGGGAUUUCCUCCAGAAAAGAGGAAGGCCUUCUCUGUGGCUGGCUUUGGGUGUGAUUUUGCUCCUGAGGCCGUGACUGAGAACUUUGGUGGUAAAUGGUGUUGCUUACACUUGUUGGUUUCCUUGUACCUCUGGCUGUUGCGUGUUCACACACAAGACGGCUCUCCAGGGGCUGCCGGUAGCUUUGACAGGUGAAGUGUUGGCCAGCGGGAAGGCUGCACAGGAAGCCUGCUUCUCUCCGUGAGCUCCCUGCCUGUUACCGUCUCCCCUCUCUCCUGUUCAGGAUGCUGCUGUUUUCUAACUGGGUGGCUAACUGCUGUCUGCUUAGGCCUCCAGGAACAUGAGUUGGUGCCAUUUUACCUCCAAGGGAAGAAAGGUCUGUAGGGUCCCAGUGACAAGAUGGAAGGUGAUCACUGGCACCACCACUGGUGUUCCGUUCCUGUUUCACACGACACGGACUCUGCGGUUACCACUGUUCUCAGUGGAAACUGAUACAGGCAGGUGAAACUUGGCCUUCUAGAAGCCGACAGCCACGUCUGCCAGAGAUGUCCACUUUGGGGGUGUUUGCUCAGAAGCUUGGCCUCAGGGACAGUCCCGAAGGCCCUGAGGACUAAGGCAAGGCCAGUGGCUGUGAACAGGACCAGGCGGGCCAGAGCCCACGGGGCAGCGCACUGGCCUCGCUGAGGAGAGGGUGAACUCUGGGAUUUAAAUUUGGGUUAAAAUAUAACUUUUCAGGGUGACAGUUUCCAAGGAUUGCCUGAUGCCCAGUGUGUUUCUUUUCAAAGGGAUGAAAGUGGCACUUGGGCUGGGCAGCUUGGGCAGAGGCAGUUGAGGCUGAACUGGGACCUACCGGAUGCAGCUAUAAGUGGUAAUGAUGGGGAGCUCUAUGCACCGGACUGAUCAUUUCUUCAAGAAUUUUGAUUUGAUGUUGUCCUGUAGUAUAGGCCAGUGUCAAUAAGACAUUUAUAAACACUUCCCAGACAAUCAAGGACAUUGGUGCCCCUUAGUAAUUCUUUAGUCCCACGAAGGCCCAGGCACUGAAACGGAGUUUUCUUUACUUCCUGUUCCCUGCCUCCCUUCCCUUUGUCCACACAGUCCCCGGUAACAGAGCUGCCUGUGCUGCAGUCACGUAAUGACCUCCAGGAACCCCGUUAGAGCGCGGCUGAACCGUCACAGCGCCAGCCUGAGCUGCUGCCUCCUGCGUUUCCCCAGGGACCUAGCUCCUUUAGUGGGAUCUUGGAAGUUUAGAAAUUGUGACUUUUCCAUAAUUGACUGCAAUGGCUGAAGUUAUACAGAUUACACCAGAUUUGGAAAUGGGCCAUGGUAGCUCACCUGUCAUUUCCCAUUUAGCUUUUAACUUUAUUUCAGGUUAUUAAUAUAUUCGAAGUAUAGUAGACUUCAACCCCCAACAAACAACAGAUCCCAUUUCAAAAUCCAAGGAAGGCCAAUAGUUUCUACCCCAAAUGCCAGGCCUGUUGCGGGUCAGUGACGUGUGUCUGGAGGCCAAGGGUGGUCUUGAAGAUCUUGCAUUUGCACCGGCCACUCCCAGGUCAGCUGCUGCUACGUCAUCUCUGCACAGGUGGUAGCACUCAGCUGGUGGCCAGCGGGGGUGGGGGACCUUCAGAGGCACUGACUCCCCAAGCUAGCAAUCAGAUGCUACCUCCUAUUUCAGAAGAAUGUGUUUUGGUUCGUGCUUUGAAUCAAACCGGUCAGCUUUCUGAUUUUUCUCCAAUACUGUUAAAAUGAAAAAAACUGGAAUCGUUAAAAGAGAUAAGGAAAAAGCAUCAAGUUUCUGCUUCUGACUAGACACAAAAACGGUCUCAGCUGGUAAGGCCGGAGCACACCAGGUUUCCUGAGCCCUUCCCUGUGAGCUCUGACCUAACAUGGCCUCAUCUAGUGAGGUGGUUACACACACGGGAAGAGGACACAGGAGAGGGAACGGGCACUUAGCAGUGAACUCGGCUGCUGGUGGGGAGCCCUGGCUUCUGGGGCUACCCGAGGGGUCUUGGAGAUGUCCCUUCGCCUUCAGCUGGGAGGAGACAAGCCCCUAAAGGUAAGCCUUUGAGGAGCAUAACAGCUCCCAGAUGGAGGCAUAGAUGAGGGUACCCGCGUGCACUCACCCAGAGGCUGCGCAGCUGUCCCCACUGCGCUGGAGCAGCCGCCAACGUACUGGACGCUAGGCCACAGGUGCCUUCCAGGCGGGACCACAGGGAGCCUCAGCCACCGACUGCCCGGCGCCGCUGGCGGGCGGCACACGUCAGGCAGAGACGCCGCCUGUAAGGCUGCAGUGACAAGCGUCUGUGAGGAAAUCUCGUUUGUUAUUUUUUGAAAAGUAUUUUAUUACCGCAUGUUUCUGUCCACGUCUGUGAAUGGGAGUCUGACCAGCACGUGAGCCACAGUCAUCACAGUGGCGAGCAAGAGUGUGACAGAGACCCGGGUGACAGCGGCUCCCAGGUCCGGCUGCACCAGAGUUCACCAGAGCAAAUGCCAAACAAACAGUACGAGAAGUGUACUUUUUAAGAAAUUAAUUUAUUUGAGUUAUUUUUGAAAUAUAAAAAUUGGUUGUAUUUUUUAAAGCUGUAAUUCUUGUAGACAUUCUGUGGUUAAAAAUUUGACUGUGCUUAUUAUUAAAAAUGGUCAUUUAUGUUUUGCACUUCAGCUUUAUGAAAAAUAAAGUUUCUUUGGGAAGGUGA